UUCUCUCCUCUACCUUAUAACUAUUCAUAUAAUUAAUAGAAAGAAUGAAUUCACAUCCUCUAAUUCUUGGGAGAGUGAUAGGUGAUGUAAUUGAUUUUUUCACCCCAACCAUAAAAAUGUCUGUGAUUUACAACAACAAAGAAAUCUUCACUGGUUAUGAAGUACCCUUUCCUUCUACAGUUAAGACUAAGCCAAGGGUUCAGAUUGAAGGAGGGGACAUGAGGUCCCUCUUUACACUGAUCAUGAUAGACCCAGAUGUGCCUGGCCCAAGUGAUCCUUACAUGAAAGAACACUUGCACUGGAUGGUGACAGACAUUCCAGGUACAACAGAUUCCACAUUUGGAAAAGAGUUGACAAGCUAUGAGAAACCAAAGCCUAACAUAGGGAUCCAUAGGUAUGUGUUUGUCCUUUUCAAGCAAAAAAGGGAGAACAAGAACUCAAUUACUAGUCCUUUUUCAAGGGAUCACUUCAACACAAGAAAUUUUGCUGAUCAAAAUGACCUUGGUGUCCCUGUUGCUGCUGCUUAUUUCAAUGCUAGAAGGGCAACGGCUCCUAGAAGACGCUAGGGGUUAGGCUAGUGGUUGUAGCUAUCCAAUCAGAAGCUUGUUAUCAUGAUUUUAUGGCUGUGAUUGAAAUAACACCUUUAGCUAGCUAUCACUGGUUGAUUUUAAUUUAGUUUAGUGUUUGUUGAAUUGUUAAGAACAAAGAUCUUGGAUGUUAGUGAAAUUCAGAAGUAUGCACAUUGUAAUGGUGCUAGGUGAUGGAUGUUAGUUAGUUUGUUUGGAAAUGAUUGUAGCUUUUGGUGUAGUUUCUAUUUUACUUGGUGGUUUUGUUUAAUAUCACUAAUGUCUCUAAGAUUGAAACACUCCCCUUUUAAGUACUUUGGUCGAGUGGUUAUUCUUAAUUUUAUGUUUUGUAUUAUUCUCAUCUUUGUCUGGUAUUUUUGAA